AUGGCAAUAUCUUCAAGCCCAAAUACGGACUCCGGCCGCCAAACCCUUCUUCUGGACACGGUCGGAACGGUUCUAGAAGUGGCAAAAAUCGCUCGACUGAACGAAGCCAACCCUAAAGUGAAGGAAGCUCUUACUAGAGCGCGACAAGAUGCAUCAUGCCUCAAUAACGAUUGUCUCGACCGAGCGAUCUCUCAUUUUGGGGUAUUGAUACCAGAAAGCGGCUUAGAUGAGUUUCCGGCCUUUUCCGUGACUCUUGAGUUUCGACUUAAAAUGUUGAGCCUUUGGUGGAACGAGACUUGCCGACGAACAGAUGACGCGAAGCUAGACUUCGUAAGUCGUUGGUUGAGACAAGACAUCACAGAAGAAGAGAGAUUGGAAGUGGAUGAAGCACUAGAGACGUGCGCUGAUGACCUGGAUAAGCAGCUCCCCGAAAUAUCAGUCCAGAAGAGAUCCAAUGAUUUCCCGACUCUGCACGAUGGUGAAUCACCCUUUGCAGUUUGGAAAGUCGCAAAAUCCAUCUUUGAUGCACUUUUAGAGUGCAAAAGUUGCUCGUGUCCUUCAGAACACGAGUUCAAAGCCAAGCUUGAGUUAGGGACGUAUCGAUCGCGUGAGAAGAAGCCAGUCCUGAAACCUAGUCGAAGGCCGAAUCGAAAACACGAUGGAGACAGUGACAUGGGCGGUUUUGAGAUGGAUAUGUUUCUAUGUAUGGAGCAUGAUUGGCACGAGUUCCGAAUUCAGGCUGCGAAAGAAACAAUUGUCCGCUUUAGUGGCCAUGAAGAGGCUAGUUCAUGCCCAGAAAGGAAGACUCGGAGUAGCAAAAGGAUCGAGAGGCUUUGCAAGCCAAUCAUAGAGAUCCGAACAAGACCCUUGCAGCGUCUUCUUGUACGAUUGAAGAGCGGCCACCUAUUCGAAGUGCGGCCCGAAAAGAGCAACUUCCAGAUUGACAAGACCACGGAGCCUAUAUCUCUUUCCGGAUGCUUUGACGAGAGGAAGGACUUCUUUACCGAGAAGACUAAGAGAAUUCUUUCGCUUAUCAUAGGCUAUACCGUACUACAUCUCUACGGCACGUCAUGGCUACAGCCUGGUUGGGGCUCGUCAAACAUCAAGUUCUUCCAAACGACAGCCUGCAAAACACCUCUCAGACCAUUUGUUGAAGCCCAGCUGCGCAAGACAGAUGACCCCGGGGAUUACGAAGAUGAAUGGACCGAAGAAUUCGACUCUGGACAUAGCUGCCCCGAAAUGGUUGCUUUGGCGGUGGUGUUGAUGGAGAUCUACUUCGUGAAACCUUUUAGACAGCUCGCAGAGAUGCACAACAUCCCUCUCAUCGAUACUAGAAGUGGUCGGAUUACCCUGAUGGACGUGGACCAGGUAUUCUGGGGUGAUGAAGAGGGAGAAGAAGGCUGGCGAACCCAGAUCCCGGAGGACUCCCCUUUGCUGGAAGCUAUCGACAAUUGUCUUGAUGGAGAGAUAUGGGAGGACAAUGAAGGGGAUCGUUUAGAUGUUGAGGAACUUAGAACUCGGAUAUACGAAAAGGUUGUUAGGCCGCUAGAGCUUCAUCUGAGACACGGUUUCAGUCAGAUUCAACUUGAUGGAGUCGACCAAUAUGCAAAGAGUCUGGACUUUGGGAAAUGGGGCCAGGUAAUUACGACGAAAGAGACAGACCAGUUGCUCCCUUUGUCCGCAGGGCAAACCACGAGCCGCGUUCCAUCUCCAGCCUUGCUUCUAGCACAAGGCCAGUUUGACAUCAACGCGAUGUUCUCUCGAUCAUUCCAGCAAGUCUCGCAUUUGCAGGCCCAAGUACCCUCUUCAUUAUCCCAUCUUGGCUAUGCGCUAAGUGACGAUAACCUAAGCGAGAUGUCUCAAUUCUUUGAUGACCAUGUGAAUGAUGGGGAUAAAUCCGUGGCUGAGGCUGAAACUGAGAAGUACAGAACUUGGCGAUCGGAGUAUGAAGAUGUCUACAAGACAUUUGUAGGGGACUAUAUUGAUCAAAAGCCAACACAACCUGUCAAAAUCGCUAUUCUCGACACAGGUAUCGACAGAGAUCAUCCUUUCUUGGAACUAUAUGAGGAUAACAUGAAGGGGAAGAAGAACUUUCACAAUGCUUCUCAAAAGAAUGUGCCGGAUACGAAUGGGCACGGGACAUUCGCAGCGAACCUGAUUCUAGAUUACGCAAGAGACGCGCAUUUGUAUAUUAUCAAGAUCGCGGACAAGAAGAACGCUACACCUGAUGCCGCUAUUGUGGCAAACGCGAUAUACCAUGCCGUCGACAAGUGGGCAGUAGACAUCAUUUCCAUGUCCUUCGGCUGGCCCUCAUCCGAUAUGGUUGGUCACGACGCCCUCGAGGAUGCUAUCGACCAUGCAUACUCUAAGAAGGUACUAAUGUUCGCUGCUGCGUCCAAUAGCGGCGCUCGAUUGGGCAGAGCAUACCCAGCGAGCAACCCGCAUGUCAUAUGUGUACACUCCACAGACACGAAUGGCGAAGCUUCAGGCUUCAGUCCAACAGCCGAACCUAACUCUAUUAACCUCGCAACCGUUGGCGAGUCCGUCGAGUCAGCAUGGCCAACACUUCUGAGUCAAGACUCAAGGUGCCUGCAAUCUCGAUCGGGAACGUCAUAUGCCACCCCGAUCAUGCCUCCAUCUUCCUCAGAAGCAGGCACUGGCUUUGAAGAGGAGAGAGAAAAUGGAGGCUUUGUUGAGGAGAUGCGCGAUUAG